AGAAGAGGGGAGGAGGAAAGAGGGGAAAGGAAGGAGGAGGAGUAGAAAGAUCCGGAGAAAAAGUUUGAAAGGAAAAGAGAGACGUUUCAGUGACCGGCCCCGGUAGAAAAGGGAGUAAGUGGAGGUUGAAAACUUGAAGGCACAAACAGCUUUUUAAAGUCUCUGUGCGUGCGCGUGCGUGCGUGCGUGCGUGCGUGUGUGUGUGUGUGUGUGUGGAUUUUACCGCCGCCGGGGAGCCGCUGGGCACGCGCCUGCUCCUUGUGUGUCGUUGUCGGAUUAGAUGAGUUUGACUUCACGAUGAGGAGCGACCCUGUUCUGUUCACUUCCAACAGGGCGAUGGAGGAGCUGGUGUGUGAGCUUCGUCUGUUCCUGGACCUGCUGGACAGGGAGUAUCUGAGCGCCGGGGUUCGAGAGAGGAAGAUGCACCUCUCCAACAUCCUGCACAGAGUGCUCUCUGAAAAAGAGCCUUCAUUCAAGUCUGAGAUCCACAGUGGUCUGCCGGCACCACCUCAGAUGCCCCUGCCUGAGAUCCCUCACCCCUGGCUGCCUCCAAACAAUGGCCCUCCUCCUCUGCCCAGCUCUUCUCUGCCAGAAGGCUACUACGAGGAAGCAGUUCCUUUAAGUCCUGGAAAGGCUCCUGAAUACAUCACCUCCAACUAUGACUCAGACGCCAUGAGCAGCUCAUAUGAGUCGUACGACGAGGAAGAGGAGGAUGGAAAGGGCCAGAAGAUGCGUCACCAGUGGCCGUCCGAAGAGGCAUCCAUGGAUCUGGUGAAGGACGCUCGGAUCUGCGCGUUCCUGCUGCGCAAGAAGCGCUUCGGCCAGUGGACCAAACUCCUCUGCGUCAUCAAAGAUAACAAACUGCUGUGUUACAAGUCCUCCAAAGACCACACCCCCCAGAUGGAGCUGACACUGUCGGGGUGCAGCAUCACUCACAUCCCCAAAGACGGCAAGAAGAAGAAGCACGAGCUGAAGAUCGUCCACCAGGGGGCGGACGCCCUGGUGCUGGCUGUGCAGAGCAAAGAACAGGCCGAGGAGUGGCUUAAGGUGAUGAGAGAGGUGUGUGUUAAUGGGAGUGUGGACUAUGAUGGAGCUGGAUCUGGAUCGCCAGUGCACAAACCCGAACUGGAAAAGAAGGCAUCAUGCGACAGGCCGAGCUCAGAUGGUGAGGUGACUCAUGAGAAUGGACACGCCGACUGCAAAGACCAAGGAAAAGGGAAGAAGAACUCAAAGUCAGAGCAGAAGACUGGGACGGUGGGGAAGGGAGCAGGGAAGAAGAUCACUAAAAUCAUCGGGCUGGGUAAGAAGAAACCGUCCACAGAUGAGCAGACCUCGUCAGCCGAAGAAGACGUACCCACGUGUGGCUACCUGAACGUGUUGUCCAAUAACCGCUGGCGGGAGCGCUGGUGCCGCCUGAAAGACAACCAGCUGCUCCUCCACAAGGACCGCGACGACCUGAAGAGCCACAUCGCCUCGCUGCCCCUUCGAGGCUGCGAAGUCAGCCCCGGCCUCGAUCAUAAACACCCCUUUGCCUUUCGACUGCUUCGUAACGGACAGGAGGUCGCUGUGCUGGAGGCCUCCUCCUCCGAGGUGAUGGGUCGCUGGUUGGGGGUUCUGUUAGCCGAGACUGGCUCCACCACCGACCCAGCCACCCUGCACUACGACUACAUUGACGUCGAGACCACUGCCAAUGUCAUCCAGCUGGCCAAGCAGUCCUUCUGUUUCACCAGUAAGCGUGCGGUCUCUCCAAACCCGUACCUGGACAACCCAGUCAAUGGCUACGCCUGCCCCACCGGUAUGGCUCUGCACUAUGAUGAUGUACCCAUCAACGGAACGGACCAGGAGGCGCAGUACUCCAGUCCCAACACAAGGGGGCGCCAGCUGAAAGAGGAAGUGCACUAUGAGAACGCUGACCUCUAUGAAAACAUGCCCUCGCCUGAGCUGGCCACUCGCCGUCCUCCCAAGCCUUCUUCCUCCACUUCUACCAGUCACUACAAAACCCCUGUUUCUAAAAUCUCUUCCAAGUUCCUCGCUGCUGAUGCUAAAAAUAAAGCCAGUGCUCAGCUGAAGGGAAAGAAGGGAACUGUUACCAAUGGGAUGGCAUCGAAACAGAAGGCAGAGCCAAAGAACCAGUCCAAGAAGAACGGAGUCAACGGGACCAACGGGACAGCUUCUCUGAAACGCAACAACUCCAAUGCAGAGCAGUGCAAGUACGGCAAGAACCGCGUGGAGGCCGACGCCAAGCGGCUGCAGUGCAAGGAGGAAGAGCUGAUGAAGAAGAAGCAGGAGAUCAGGAACCACCUGACCCAACUGAAGAAGGAGAGGAGAGACCUCCGCACCGCUGUGGAAGCUGCUGCCGGCAAACGUUCACACGCCUCGCUGUCGGAGAGGCUGAAGAAGGUGGAAGAGGACUGCAGGCAGAAGGAGGAGGAGCGGGUCAACCUGGAACUGGAGAUGACGGAGGUGAAGGAGAGCCUGAAGAAAGCCCUGAGCGGGGGGGUCACCCUGGGCCUCACCAUCGAGCCAAAAGCUGGCUCCUCUGGACUCCAGUCACCAGCAAUGUUGCGACGGACCCAGGAGUCCUCCCCAUUCUCCAGCUGUGACACCAGCGACACAGAGUCCUGCUCCCUGCCGGUCAACAGCGCCUCGCUCCUGCGCCGGCAGCAGAGCGGCCAGAAGCCUUCGCCAGUCCGGGGACACGUCCUCAGGAAGGCCAAGGAAUGGGAGCAGAAGAGCGGCACAUAAAGCAGCCAGCCCCUCACCUCGGUCUCACUCUGAUUUCUUUUUUUUCUGUUGAAGAAAUUGUGUAUAUAUUUAUUUAAAACUGUUCAGACAGUCUGAGAGCGUGUUGAGGAGGACACAAGCAUAGCAUCCACAUGAACCAAAACAAGUUGCUGCUUUUAGUAUACAGUCAGUACCACAGCAUACAGACACAGCA